AUGAACUUCUUCGUCCACGCCCUCACGGCUGCUGCUGCGCUGGUGCUGCUGGCAGAAAUCAAUGCGUUUACGCUACGCCAGCAGAAAAUGGUCAGCAUCUACGCGCUCGAGUGUAUGGCCGAAACCGGCAUCGAUGUGGCGUCAAUUACUAAGCUACGCGACGGCGACCUCGGGGCGGCCAACGAUCGUGCGGCAAAAUGUUUCAUGAAGUGUUUCUUCGAGAAGGAAAACUUCAUCGACGGCGAAGGGUUCCUGCAGUUGGAGAACAUCACCGCGGCGCUGGAGAAGGACUACGAGCGGGCCAAGAUCGAGGAGAUGCUGGUCAAGUGCGGUGUCCAGAAGGAAGACCCGUGCGAGACUGCGUUCCAUGCGUACGAGUGUUACCACGAUUACUAUCAAAACCUGUAA